AUGAUCAACACGCGCAGACACCCAGUACCGGACAAGGACAUGGUGGGCAUGAUGGGCAUGGAGUCAAGCACGGGCUCGGACAUGACUGGUGGUGACAACAAGGCACAGGUCACAGAAUCUGCCACUACCACCACCACGAUGGCCACGACCCACAACAACAACAACAACAACAACAACAACAACAACAACAACAACAACAACAGCAACAACAACAACAACAACAGCAACAACAACAACAACAACAACAACAACAGCAACAACAACAACAACAACAACAACACGGUCAUGGCCAAUGCUGAUGAGACGCCUCUGAAAGCCAUCGCCAGUCAGUCGGGAGAUCUUCAGCAGUCAGACAGUCCCGUCACCAUCAUCGUCGACAAGGAAGACGAUGAUGUGAUCAUCCACAGCUCUGAUGAAAUCGAGCCAGAGGUGGCCAUUCCUGGCAUGCGAGUGGCUUCGUUCUUUGCUGUUGUCGGCAUGUCGCCUGGUCCCCUGGUUGAGGCUGCAGAGAUCAACGCCAAUGCGGUCCGCUCGGUGGCGGUGAAUGAGGAAGACAGUGUGGCUGAGGCUGCCAUCGAGCCCAACCCGGUCCUUGUGCUCCCGAGCCAGCUCGAUCGUGGUCUCUCCAGACAGCGCGCAGGCUCGGCAACGUCGGUUGGCUCGUCUGUCGGCUCGGCGUCAGCUACGUCGCCGCUCGGCAUCACAGGGCCCAUGUCACUCCCGUCGUCGCCGUCGGUCGACUCGGUCGAUGGCUCGGCCUCGUCGCCCACACGGAGCCACAAGAAGAAACGCCGCCGUGUCAGCACCCGCACCGGCUGGGGCUCGCGCGCCAGUGCCGCCGUCCUCGACACCGUCCUCGCUGGCGAGUACCAGGGCACAACGCUGCUGCGGCUGCCCGAGGCCGACGCCGGCGACGGCUCGGUCGUCGUCCCGGACAACUUGUGGAUGUUUUGCUUCCCGCGCUCCGCCAAGAUCCGCCGUCCGGACUCGACCGCCGGCUCGGCUGCCUCCCGCCUCCCGCAGCCGCGCUUCCACUCGUUUGUCCUCACAGAGCUCUCGGGCGGUCACUCGUUUGGUGGGUGCAUCACCUUUUACGAGGAGGCCUACCUCGAGGUCUCGGUCCCGCGCGAGCCGGUCGCCGACACCGCUGCAGCCGACGCGCCCGCCAGCUCGGAUUCAGACUCGAGCUCGGGCUCGUACCUGACCGACGACGAGCUGGAGUCGGUCGCGCCGCCGGCCGCCGAUCCGCGGCCCGACGCCGUCCGCAUUCGCGUCCGGGUCCUUGUGCCCAAGGCGCUGGUCCUCGUUUGCAAGGCGCCGGUCUACGCCUUUAUCGAGUCGUACCUCGUCUCGCUCCUCGACAUCCAUCUCCGCCGCGUGGAAGAGGUCGCCGCCCCGACCGAGUCGCUCCCGGUCUCAUUCCGCAUCCCUUACCGCGACCUGUUGUGCAACCUGCUCGAACAAGUCCCGCUGCCGCCGCGCGGCAAGCUCCAAGUCUCGGUCUCGAUCGGCCAGUCUGAGCUCUUCCUCCGCAGGCCGGCCUUUAAUGAGCUCCCACUCCUCGAUGUCGCCAUGGACUUGCUCCUCAUGGUCGCCGACCAGGACACCCUCAUCCAGCUCUUCCACGCCCUCGUUCUCGAACAAAAGCUCGUCCUCGUCUCGGACCACGCCUGGCUCCUCACCCCAAUCGCCGAGGCCCUGCUCUCGCUCCUUUACCCCUUCAAGUGGGACCACGUGUACAUCCCGCUCGUCCCCAAGCCGCUCGUCAACUUUGUCCAUGCCCCGGUCCCGUUUGUCAUGGGCAUGCUCCACGAGUACCUCCCGCGCAACGAGCUCUCUGACGACGUCGUCCGCUUCAACAUCGAUACCGGUGCCGUCUCGUCCGGCGCCCCGCUCGACAUCGAGCCGCUCCCCGAGUACGUGCAUAAGAAGCUCGUCAAGCGCCUCUCUGCCAUCAGGAUGCGCCGCCCAGGCGCUCCGCUCGACAUUGCCAAGCUCCGCAAGGUUCACUCGCACUAUGUCGCCCGUGCAGUCGCCCCGGUCACCCUUGACGCAGACAACUCGCUGCUCGAGCCGACUCUCGUCGGUGCGCCGCCGAGCCAGGCUGGUGGCAAGACCGGCCCGUCUCCGCUCUCCUCGCGCCGCUCCUCCAUCGCCUCCACCCGUGACACGCCGUCUACCAACGGCACGCCCACCAUUCAGCUUCUCUCCGACUCGAUUCACGACUCGUCGCCGCAGCUGGCCCUUGUCGACCGCUCCAUGGCUGCCUACCGUCGCCGGCAGAGCAUUGACACUCACGCCUCGCGUCUCCGGAGCCGCGGCACGCCUGCUCGAUCCAUCUCGGUCGGAUCAGACGAGCUCCGUGUCCGCGCCGUCACCUCGGCCGCCUCCUCCCAUCCGCCGGCCGGCGCGCCUUCCAGCGCCGAGCCCGACCCUGACCUCAAUGACGACCCCGAGCUUGACUCGCUGCGCCUCAAGGGCCAGUCGGCGCAGAGCGCCGACGCCGACGCCGCCCGCGACGCGUUCCUCCGCUUCUUCACCUCGCUCUUCCAGGACUAUGCAAAGUACGUCGUCACUGCUGACGACGAGGAGGCGUACGCCGCCAUGAUGGACGACUACAACUUUCCGCUUUUUGACAAGGACGGCUUCCUCGAGUCGCUCGCCGCGCUCGCCUCCAAGAACUCCAAGGCCCAGGCCUUUGUCUCGGCCAUGCUCGCCACACAGGCGUUCAACCUCUUUGUCGAGGAGCGGGUCACCGCCGCCUUUCAAGGCGUCGACCUUGCGGGCAUGCACUUUGACGAGGCCAUCGUCGAGAAGAAGGGCAAGUCCAAGCUCCGACUUGGUCGUGGUGCAAAGGCGCUCUUCCUCUCCGAUCCUUCGCUCCAGGUCGCCGCCACACACUACGCGCCCGAACCGUCGCGUGUCAACAAGCACCCGGUCCACCUGUUUGCCUACGGCCCUGCCUUUCCCACCCAUUUUGAGGAAAGCCAGGUCCAGCUCCUCCCCGCCCUCGAGCUUGUGAAGCCGGUCCACGCCGAAGUCGCUGCCUACAUCGAGCGCAUGCGGGCAAAUCCCUCGCUCCACGCAACCGUCGUCGACAAGCUCAACAAGACCGAGACCGAGGAGUCGGCCAUCAACUGGGCCGUCUUUGACAAGUACGCCGACGACGACGACCCGCUGCCGUCGCGCCCGACCUUCCGUUACGGCGACACCACCGCACCCAUGACCAAUGAGCUUUUCUGGGCAGAGAUCCCUGACUACGUCCGUGCAGAGAUGCACUUUUUCAACACUCGGACCCGCGAGACUACCCGCGCGCUCCCGGAGGUCUUUAUGUCGUUCACAGAGUUCCUCGACGCCCGCGACAACUGCACUGCCUUCUUUGACGACGCCAGCGCCGCCGUCCGCGACCUUGUCCUGGCCCAGGCCGCAGAACUGACAGCAUUUCGCGCCCAGUUUGAGUCUGUCCUCGCCGCCAUGGAGGAGCGCCACACGGCGGAGAUCGCCAAGGCACGUGCCGCAAAGACAAAGGCCAUCCUCAACCGCGUCCGCAACGUCACCGAGGCUCGUCGCGUCCUCGUCGCCGCCGCACGCGUCGAGCUCGACAAGACCGAGCGCUCCGAGGAGAACAACGUCGCCCGCCUCUUUGCUAAGCGCCAGGAGCGCAUGGCUGCCAUCCAGGACCAGCGCCGCAAGGCCAAGCUUGAUCGUCUCACCAUCCUUCGCGAGCCGCCCAAGAAGCCGUCCAAGGCCCGCAAGCCGACUUACGUCGGCCCCGAGCCGCCGCCGCACCGCGCCGCGCUCGUCAAAGCCUCCAGUCCGCCGCCCCAAUCGCCCAUCCCGGCUCCGGUCGCCCUGCCCGAGCCGCCCGCGCACGUCCCCGCCGCUGCUCACGCCCGCCAGCCCUCGAUCAGCUCGCCGCCGUCACCCGUCCUCAUCUCCGCUCCGCCCGGUGCGUCGGCCGGUCCGCCACCAGCCUCUCCGCCACCUCGCAAGCUCUCCGGCCGACGUCCAUCGCUCAAGACAGCGAAUGCGCCGUCCAAGCCGUCCAAGAGCCGCAAGCCGACUGUCACCGGCGGCACUGUCGCUCUGCCGACCUCCAUCGCCGCCGCUGCUGCCGCCGCUGUCACAUCCCCACCGCCGUCGCCCGUUACGCCCGUCCCGACGACCUCAAGCGAGCCGCCGUCCUCGACAUAAACCCCCAAUCGGGUA